AUGGCCAACAGCAACCUUCCGCGACGAAUCAUCAAGGAGACGCAGAGACUCCUCAGCGAGCCAGCACCGGGGAUCAGCGCUUCGCCCUCGGAGGAGAACAUGCGCUACUUCAACGUCAUGAUCCUUGGUCCGGCGCAGUCGCCCUACGAAGGGGGAGUUUUUAAGCUGGAACUCUUUUUACCCGAGGAGUAUCCGAUGGCUGCCCCAAAGGUUAGGUUUCUGACCAAAAUAUACCAUCCCAACAUUGACAAGCUUGGUAGGAUAUGCCUUGACAUUCUCAAGGAUAAAUGGAGUCCGGCUCUUCAGAUUCGAACAGUUCUUUUGAGUAUCCAGGCACUCCUAAGUGCACCAAAUCCAGAUGACCCUCUCUCUGAAAACAUUGCUAAGCACUGGAAGUCCAAUGAGGCAGAAGCUGUUGAAACAGCGAAGGAGUGGACUCGUCUGUAUGCCAGUGGUGCAUGA